GAAAAAUAGCUAAGAAUCAAACCACUACCCAAAUCUCUGUAGAUGUUGAUUGUAAUCCUUUUAAUAGUAUUCAGUUUAAUGAGCCUAUCGUUAAUAUUCGUAGUGAUAAUGAAUCAAGUGUUUGUUAUAACUCAAAACUUAGAGAAACUUCAGAGUUCAUUUCAACAAAAGCAACCAUGUCUCCUGGAAUAUCUGCUACUUCAUAUAUUGAAAUUGAAAAAUUGCAGGAAUUACUCAUUAGCCGAAAGGAUGAUAUUGAUGAUUUACUAAAAUCGCAGUCCGUGUAUGCUAUAGGAAUAGACUUUCAAAAUGACUCACUCAGGCCAUGUAUUUCUUGCUGA